UCUCCCUCCGCCUCCCCCUCUCGCUCCGUGGCGGCGCUCGCUUCAGACGCUGUAUAUCUCUUUCGUUUUUCCAGCCACGGAAAUCGGUGAACCGAUCUUUCUAUAGUUCGGAGAUAGGUCGCGUUUAUCUGUACUUUUACCGCGGAUGAACGUGAACCCAGUCACAAUUUAGCCUAGACAAAACAAGAAACCUUGCGGAGUGAAUCUAUUGGGACUGCUGCUGUGCAUUCGGACCACCAAGAGGAUCCUUCCUCUGCGCGAUAUUUUCCUCCUAUUUGGAGAGAAGGGUGUUAUGGGGUGUUAGUUUUCGAAGUGAAAUCUCAACAGUUGGUUUACUUUUGGUACUCAUAGCGCGUUGGUCUAGUUUGUCACACACUUCACGUCAAGUUGCUGAUAUCUAAAACAAAAGGAAACGCUAUAAAGUGCCACGAUCAAGCCCGUCUCUGUGCAAUGCCACAGUUGUCACAUCGGAGCCCAGAUGAGGAAAAAACAAAACCGUAGGCUAUAGCUUGCACUUCUACAGCACGCAUAUUUGCGCCGAUCGCAUAGUGGUAAAUCCCAUCUCACGGAUUUCUCUCCCCAUCUCAAAGGGACAAUAUCAAUAUAGGCACUGAUUUUUUGUUGUUGUUGGUGUGUGUGGUAUUUCGGUGUCAAACUGUACGCCUACUCACUGAAAGACCUUUUGCACUACCCAGCUCCGACAGAAGCGGAAGAAGACUGAGAUACGGGAUAGUAGUGUGAUUGUGUGUGUUGGUGAGCUGAGGAGAGGAGCGCUCACUUAGACCAUCUCCUGCCGUCUGGUUGUCAUGUAGGCUACCUGACCGCCUGACUGCCCUCAGCAUCCGGUUUUGUGGAACAGAAGAAGUGGUCAACGGAUCAUGACUCCACUGUUUCCUUGGUAACUAAUAUGCACUUCCGGGUCCAGACGCUCGUCCACUGAUGUUCAUCUCCCACACCUGGCAGAGAGACCACCACUCAAUACUACUACAAUACCCACAUUUCCUGUCUGCACAAAGUAAGGACUUAGGUGUUGAAGCCCUUAGGUGACUUGGACUUCCUUGUUGUACUAUUUAACUAUUUCCGCACUACUAGCCAGUUCUUAGUUUACAACUGUCACGCACAGUGAUCUUCGAGAGACAGUAGAGGCAGUGAGAGACAGUCGGCGAGUAAAGAGAGAGAAACAAUCAAACAACGACAAAAUGGCCAACAACACGGCGGACCACCCUCCGGGGAACUCUGUCGCCGAUGGCAACCAGGAGGGGGACUUUGGCAUCACGGUGAUGGACCUCCGAGAGCUGAUGGAGCUGAGGAGUGGAGAGGCCGUCACCAAGAUAGCCGACUCCUACGGAGACGUGCAGGGAGUCUGCCGCAGGCUCAAGACAUCGCCCAUUGAGGGUCUGUCUGGUAACCCAGUGGAUCUGGAGAAGCGCCACGCGGCAUUUGGGAAGAACUUCAUCCCUCCUAAAAAGCCUAAGUCCUUCCUGGCGCUGGUGUGGGAGGCCCUACAGGAUGUUACACUCAUCAUCCUUGAGAUUGCUGCUGUAAUCUCCCUGGGCCUGUCCUUCUACCACCCCCCUGGGGGAGAUAGCGAGCUGUGUGGUGAGACAGCGUCGGGAGUGGAGGAUGAGGGGGAGGCGCAGGCGGGCUGGAUCGAGGGCGCCGCCAUCUUGUUCUCCGUGGCAAUCGUUGUCUUGGUGACAGCGUUUAACGACUGGAGCAAGGAGAAGCAGUUCCGCGGGCUGCAGAACCGCAUCGAGCAGGAGCAGAAGUUCACCGUCAUCCGCAAAGGCCAGGUCAUCCAGAUCCCCGUGUCCGAACUGGUGACGGGAGACAUCGCCCAGAUCAAAUAUGGUGACCUGCUGCCAGCUGAUGGUAUCCUGAUCCAGGGCAAUGACCUGAAGAUCGAUGAGAGCUCUCUGACCGGCGAAUCAGACCAAGUCAGGAAGUCACUGGAGAAGGACCCCAUGCUGCUGUCCGGUACCCAUGUGAUGGAGGGAUCAGGCAGAAUGGUGGUGUCUGCGGUGGGUCUCAACUCCCAGACUGGAAUCAUCUUCACUCUGCUGGGGGCGGGAGACAGCGACGAGGAAAAGAAGAUCAAGAAAGGUAAAAAACAAGGACCCCCCGAAAAUCGCAACAAAGCUAAGACCCAGGACGGCAUUGCCCUGGAGAUCCAGCCCCUGAAGAGUGACGAGGCGGUUGAGUCUGAGGAGAAGGAGCCUGAGGUGGAGGUGAAACGGGUGAAGAAGGUUCAGGUCAACAAGAAGGAGAAGUCUGUGCUGCAGGGCAAACUCACCAAACUAGCCGUGCAGAUCGGGAAGGCAGGUCUGAUCAUGUCAGCUCUGACGGUUAUCAUUCUCAUCCUGUACUUCGUGAUUGACACGUUCGGGGUGCAGGGUCGCCCAUGGCUGAAGGAGUGUACCCCCAUCUAUAUCCAGUACUUUGUCAAGUUCUUCAUCAUCGGAGUCACUGUUCUGGUGGUGGCUGUACCUGAGGGGCUGCCCCUAGCUGUCACCAUCUCUCUGGCCUACUCUGUCAAGAAAAUGAUGAAGGACAAUAACCUGGUGCGUCACCUGGAUGCGUGCGAGACCAUGGGGAACGCUACCACCAUCUGCUCUGACAAGACGGGCACCCUCACCAUGAACCGUAUGACCGUGGUGCAGGCCUACUUGGGAGACACACACUACAAGAAAGUACCGGAACCUGACGUCAUCAAACCAUUCACUCUGGAAAUCAUGGUCAACAGCAUCGCCAUCAACUCAGCCUAUACUACUAAGAUUCUGUCCCCAGAGAAGGAGGGAGGUCUGCCCCGCCACGUUGGCAACAAGACGGAGUGCUCCCUAUUGGGCUUCGUGCUGGAGCUGAAGAGAGACUACCAGCCAAUCAGGGACGAGAUUCCUGAAGAGAAUCUGUACAAGGUGUACACCUUCAACUCGUCCCGUAAGAGCAUGAGCACGGUGCUGAAGAACACAGACGGUAGUGGCUUCCGCAUGUACAGCAAGGGAGCUUCCGAGAUCGUCCUACGCAAAUGUUCUCAUAUCCUGAACACGAACGGGGAGCCACGUAUCUUCAAGCCUAAGGACCGUGAUGAGAUGGUGAAGAACGUGAUUGAGCCCAUGGCCUGUGACGGUCUGAGGACAAUCUGUGUGGCCUACAGGGACUUCCCUGCCGAGGCAGGAGAACCAAACUGGGACAACGAGGCCGACAUCCUUGAUGAGCUCACCUGCAUCUGUGUGGUCGGCAUCGAGGAUCCCGUCAGACACGAGGUACCUGAUGCCAUCCUCAAGUGCCAGAAGGCCGGCAUCACCGUGCGCAUGGUUACCGGGGACAACAUCAACACUGCCCGCGCCAUAGCAACCAAGUGUGGCAUCCUGUUGCCGGGUGAGGACUUCCUGUGUCUGGAGGGCAAAGAGUUCAACCAGCUGAUCCGUAACGACCAGGGAGAGGUGGAGCAAGAGCGUCUGGAUAAGGUGUGGCCCAAGCUGCGUGUGCUGGCUCGCUCCUCUCCCACUGACAAACACACUCUGGUCAAAGGUAUCAUGGACAGCACCGUCCUCGAGACACGACAGGUGGUGGCUGUGACAGGCGAUGGAACUAACGAUGGCCCCGCCCUAAAGAAGGCUGAUGUCGGAUUUGCUAUGGGUAUUGCCGGUACAGAUGUGGCUAAGGAAGCAUCUGACAUCAUUCUGACUGACGAUAACUUCACCAGCAUCGUCAAGGCUGUGAUGUGGGGCCGCAAUGUCUACGACAGCAUCUCCAAGUUCCUCCAGUUCCAGCUCACUGUCAACGUGGUGGCCGUCAUCGUGGCCUUCACUGGCGCCUGCAUCACACAGGACUCUCCUCUGAAAGCAGUGCAGAUGUUGUGGGUUAACCUGAUCAUGGACACCCUGGCAUCCCUGGCUCUGGCCACCGAGCCCCCCACCGAGUCCUUGUUGCUGAGGAAGCCGUACGGCCGCAACAAGCCCCUGAUCUCCCGCACCAUGAUGAAGAAUAUCCUGGGUCAUGCCGUCUACCAGCUCACCAUCAUCUUCACCCUGCUGUUCGCUGGAGAGAACUUCUUUAACAUUGACAGCGGGCGUAACGCGCCUCUUCACUCACCACCGUCAGAGCACUACACCAUCGUGUUCAACGUGUUCGUCAUGAUGCAGCUGUUCAACGAGAUCAACGCCAGGAAGAUCCACGGAGAGAGGAACGUCUUCGAGGCCAUCUACCGUAACCCCAUCUUCUGUAGCGUGGUUAUGGGAACCUUCAUCCUGCAGAUUGUCAUUGUCCAGUUUGGAGGAAAGCCCUUUUCCUGCACAGCUCUGAGCAUCGACCAGUGGCUCUGGUGUGUCUUCAUUGGAGUGGGAGAGCUGCUCUGGGGACAGCUGAUCACAGCCAUCCCCACCCACCGCCUGAAGUUCCUGAAGGAGGCUGGCCACGGCACCCAUAAGGAGGAUGUUCCCGAAAACGAGAUGAACGAGGGGGAUGAUGAGAUCGACCAUGCUGAGAUGGAGCUCCGUAGGGGACAGGUCCUCUGGUUCAGGGGACUCAACCGCAUCCAGACUCAGAUGGACGUGGUCUAUACGUUCCAGACGGGUCAGGCUCCGGUCCCGGGGGCAUUGAGACGCCAGCCCUCUGUGGUCAGCCAGCACAACGACAUUAAGGUGGUCAAUGCGUUCCGUAGCUCCCUUUACCCGGGGCUAGAGAACCCAGAAUCCAGAAACUCCAUCCAUAACUUCAUGGCCCACCCUGAGUUUGUCCCCCUGUCUGAGGAGGAGGCGCAGAUCCCUGAGAGAGAGGAGUCCAGCAGCGAUGAGGUGGAUAUGGAGAUCCAGCCCAUCCCCAGCUCCUCGACUGGGAGGGGAGAAGCUCCAGACGUCAGCCAUGAGACCUCCUGCUGAUCACCUCCUCUCUUCUCCGCUCUGAUCUAUCCAUCCACCCCUGUCGGCCAGCUGGCUUCCCCCCUGCAGUUCCUCUCCUCCACCAUGAGGAGGACCAGCGGUGCGCCCCUCAGAUCCUUAGACUCAUCCAACAGAGGGUGCACCCAGAGUGGGCAAGGGGUCCCGGUGCCAGCGCCUCCCCCUCUUCACCUCUUCCCUCCACUUCCUGAACCCUACACCCACCUCUCACCUGACCACCCCCACCUUGCCAUUCUCAUCGGCUUGCACUGACUGUGUCGCGUGUGCCCUUUAAGUCUGUGCAGAAGAGUGACAUGCAGAGCAUCCAAUCACAUUGUACCCCUAACUCAUGGGUGGGAAGGACCAUUUGGGGUCCACCAAUCUGCUUCGUCGAAGGCCGUAGCCUGUCCGUCUGUCCAUCUUUGGGGUUUUAUAUCAGUUUUUUUUUUGGUUUUACCUCAGAGUAGCCUAGAACUGAAACGCAACAUGUUUAUCCUUCUGUACUAGCUUAUACUCUGCAUACGCUAACUGGCACAGAACUUUAAGAAUAUACCCAUAUGUACAUUAAUAUUGUAUGUACAUACAUGUAACUGCCAAAAUAAAGAAGACACUUAAUUAAGUGAGGGAUACAAAGUAUAUUGAAAGCAGGUGCUUCCACACAGAUGUGGUUCCUGAGCUAAUUAAGCAAUUAACAUCCCGUCAUGUAUACAAAUACCCAGUUGCCCAUUAUUUUGGCUACCGUGGUUAGAAGAAGAGGCUGAACGCUUAUGGGAGAUUCUUGAGCUGCGCCUGAGACAGCAUUUUCCACCACCAUCAACAAAACACCAAAUUAUGGAAUUUCUCGUGGAAGAAUGCUGCCGCAUCCCUCCAAUAGAGUUCAAGACACUUGGAGAAUCUAUGCCAAGUCACAUUUAAGCUGUCGUGGCAGCUCGUGGUGGCCCAACGCCCUAUUUAUGACACUUUAUGUUGGUGUUUCCUUUAUUUUGGCAGUUACCUGUAUAUAUGCUUUAUAGGCUCAACACAGCUCCCAGCUGAUUUGGAUGAUCAGACGUACAUGGCCCAUGUGAUUAACAGCAGCUUUCAGCUACAAAGUUUCUCUUCUCUAUUUCUCAAUCUGUGUUUAAAUUGUACAGCAUGUAUGCAUUUGAUCUGUUUUGAAGCAGGAUGUACUAAUGGGCUAUUCAGUUCAAUGCAGGAAACCAUGUCUUCAUUAAUUCUGAUACACUACAGCUUUUCAAUGAAUUACGUUCAAUCAUCUAAACAACUCACUUUAAUUUGGUUCUUCUGGGUCCAUUUGACAUGAUUCCAUUAUGAUUUAUCCUGUUUUUGUUGAAGGACAGUGUAAAGAAUGCUAUGAUAUUUUAACAGAAAAUUGAAUUCUCUUAAAACAACAUUUUCAAAGUAAAGCUUGCAGCAGGCUAGAGCCAGAGAGCACCACCUCUCUGUGGAGUGGUGUCAUAGCAAGACGAUGUGGAGGUAAAAAAAGGGGAAGGGGCAUCGCCCUCAUCCGAUGACCUCAUCCUUAUCUCAUCCAAUCAGAGUUCUGGUUUUCCCUAGCCCCUUGAGAGUAAGUUGCUUACGAAACUGCCUCAAUAUGGAGUAAGAUUAAGAACGUCAGAGUGAAGUGAAUGAUAUUUCACCCCCAUCUCUCGUAUGCAUGACGUAUAUUAUCCAUGUCUCAUCUGUGUUGAGUAGAAUGGGAAUUUAGAGAUGGGUUAUGUGAAACAUUAUUUGGGGUGGGGUUAGGACGUACGUAUUCCUGUGGACAAAAAUGGGUCAUUGUUUUUGCUUUAGUCUGUCUCAACAAAAAAAAUCCACCAAAAAAAUAAAAGUCCACACAAAUACAUUCUCUGUAACUUAACAAGACAAAUCUAGUCCUCGUUUUACACUGUUGACAAAGGGACGUUGGGCUUGUUCCUGUUAGCUCCGGUGUGAGUGUGUUAUGUUGUUAUCGAGCAUCACUGUGUUGGCAGCAGAGUGACACAGGGGACUAUCGAUCUCUCCCAUCAUGCCUCUGGGAGAGCCAACCGUGAGCGGCCCAGAUAUAAAUCCAAUAUCUCCCCCUCCCUCCUCACCCCGCCCCGCUCCCUCACACCCUCCCUCCUCCGGGCUGCUAGGAUAGGGACACGGCACAUCCCCACAUGUCCUCUAGGGUCAACCAACCACAGAUAAUGGCGUAACAAUAAGAGGAAUACUCUAACAAGAAGAAGAAGAAAAAAUACUCAACCAGAGAUGUGUAUGAGAGCUCCUGUAUUCAGUAGUGUAUGUUGUUGUCAGAGGUGUCAUGCCCGUAGGGGGCACAGGGGCACGUGCUCCCUCAGAUUUGUCAUGUUUAAAAUAUAUUUUUGGGGGGUCUUUUUUUCUCUCUGUAAUACUACUAGGCACCUAGCAGUUUUAUAUAACUAGCUACCAAGGAACCAUUUCAGGCUAUCAAUACAGUUAGAGUAGCUAGCUUGUCAUCCUCUUAGCUGGCAAGGUUGGUAGACUUCAGAAAAGCAAGCAAUAACUAAAUGUACUGAAUAAGACUCACAUUCCUUUCAAUAUUUUACCAGAGAUGCAGAGAAGUAUAUUUAGUUUCUUUAAAAAUAAGAACCACCAGUCAGGUGGAUACAGACAGCUCAAUUGGUAUGCUUAGAUAUUCAGAAAAAUAUACAUUUUUUUUACAUAGAAUUAAGCAUAAUGAUUAUGGCUCUAGUUUACAGGGAAAAAGCUGCUUCAGGUGUUAGAAAAAUGCUAAAUUCUCCAAUUUACGGUCGGGGGGCUUACCACCCCUCCGGACCACCCCCCAGCCAUCCUCACGUACUUUGUGCCCCCUAAGAUUUUUGGGGUGCAUGAUUCCCCUGGUCAUUGUUGUAUAUGAUGGUAGAGAGAGUGUAAACUUGGGCUGACCCCCUUUCCCGCCUCCGGCCACCAACUCUGUGACAGAGAUUGUGACGCCCUCGACAGGACGUGUGCUAUCGAUUACCAGUAAUGUACUACUGCCAUAUUUUCAACCUUAUUUUCAUAUCUAGGUUGCUUACUUCGAUAGAACCCUCUGGUGAUACGCCUUUUCUACUUACUCAGAGCCAUAUUUUCUAGGUUGUCGUUGUUGUUUUGUAUCCCAUCGUUAUUGAGGUUUCCUUUCUGUUCCCCCUGACCAAAAAAAAAAACACAAAGACAAAACAAUGUGUCACUGCCGAUACAGUAUAUAAGUCAUGGACCACUACGAUGUUUACAGAACAUAGUCAGCCUGCUCGCGCUGCACUUCACUCAACCGGCUAGUCUCCUUCAUUCCCUUGCUUUCGUGAGUCUUAGUACAUAGUUAUUGGGGAAGCUUUCUUGCAUGAUUUUCCUAGAAACUCAAUGUUUUGUUCAUUUUUUACAAUUCUUCUUCUGUAUUUUUAUAUUAAGUACUUUUUGGAAUAUAUAUAAAUAUGUAUAGGCUGAAGAGUUUUGAUGACAGUACAGACCAUGAAUAAGAUCAAUCGACAGUGUAACAUGUUUUUGCCGUUCUAUAUACAGUAUAUUUAUGCCACAUUUGUAAACCAUGCUUGGUCGUCUGAUGCUGGGGCUAACUAAAUUAAAAUAAACUGUUUACUCACUGUAGGUCAUGUGAUUGGACAUACUCUUUCAGCAAUCUAGUCUUACCGCCCCUUUCCCCUUCACUAUAUACAGUCUUAAAGAGAUAGUAUCUUAAAUUCUGCUAUUUCUUUCAAUAGCUUUAAGGGAUAGUUCGGGAUUUAGGCAAUGAGAACCUUUAUCUACAGUACUUCCCCAGAGUCCGAUGAACUCGUGGACACCGUUUUUUAUGUAUCUGCGUCCAGUAUGAAGGAAAUUAGAGGUAGUUUCGGGAGCUAAUGCUAAAGCAAUUGUGCUAACACUAGUUAGCAACUUCCUUCAAACUGCACAGAUACAUAGAUAUGGUAUCCACGAGUUCAUCUGACUCUGGGGAAGUAAAUAAAGGGCCUCAUUGUCAAAAUCCCGAACUAUCCCUUUAAAUCAAAUGUGGUCCAAUAAAAGUGAGUGAAGUGGUAGUAUACAGAACAUUGAAGAUAUGCUAAAUUAAUUGGGGGUAUAUAUAUUUUUUAAUCUCUAUAUAAAUAUAUUUGUUAAUUUUUUUCUGUUCUUUCAGACUAAUAUGACUGCGAGUUUAACUUAUUUUGUGAGAGGAUCGGUGCUCUCAGAUGCUGUUAGUCGACUUGUCAAAGAGGGCAUGAAUUUCAUCCAAAUUCGGCAUUACCCUUUUAAUUCUAAUGGCUUAGUACACUGUUUAUGGGAAGAGAGUAGAGCUGUUAAACCGGUAGUGACAUCACUUCCUGUUUUUGUCCAUAAACAGAAACUAGAUGCCUUCGAUGUGGUGUCCGUUCGACCAUUAGACAGUCUCAUUUUGGGGACACAUUUUCAAUUGGAAUCCUUUCUUUUCUUCUGACAUACUCUAUUUGGAAGACUGCACUUAUACAUUCAAUAUGUGUAAAUGUUGUCAUAGAAUGAUUUUGAACUUAACUUUCAACUCUAGGUAAUGAAAAGGGGGCAAUCAGUCAGGGAUCACCGAGCAUAGCUUUAAGAAUGUUCUGCCAAAGUCUUGCUUUGUACAAUCAUUGCUUUUUUUGUCCUUUUUAUUUUUGCACAGAUUGUUUUAAACGAUUAUUGUCAGGUGAAGGUGUUUUCCUUAUUUUCCAUUUUCCCAAAAUAGCAAAUGUUUUUGCAUGUAAACGUGGACAGAGAAUACAAAGAGCUUGAAGCGUCACUAAGAUUGUCCCUCUUCUAUUGCCAUGGCCUUGGUUCUGCUGUUGUGAUCUCUUACUGGUUGCCCUCCCAUUCCAUCCCACAGGUGAACAUAUACUCCAUCCUCUAGAAACGCCCCAAUGUUUUUGUUUGUUGUUUGUUUUUUGUUUUUACCUUGGCACAACUGUACAACAGAAGAAGACCAACAGGUCUGUAUGUCUGAGGUGGAGGGAGAACUAAAGAACGGCUAGACCGACCUGAUAAAGCCUAUGUUUGGUUUCUCUGAUGGAUAAGCCCACCGUGGCUUCUGACCAAUCUGUUCCAAGACCUGUUCCUCUUAUUGUACAGGUUUCAAUAAUGACUCAUGUAUGACAAAAUGAAAUUGCUAAGGCAUUGUGCAAUAACUGUUAACUGUAAUGGACUGCAUUGCUUCUCUAAAGCUUAUCUUUCUUAGAUAGCUUUUUUUUCUUUCGAUUUGGGGGAUUUCUUUGGGGAAGCUUCUCCGCAGUUGUAAAUAAAUAAAAAAAGAAAAAGGUUUGAAACUGGAAUAUCACAGAUUAAAGUCAUAACCCCUUAUUUUACGUAGGACGAUAUUUACCCGAACCAGUUCUUGUGUUUUAAUACAUUUUCAAUUGUAUCUAAUUGAGAAAAGACCGAAAAAAGAACUUUCUGUCAUUGAUAUGAUGCACAGUAAUAGACACUGGUGUUAUUUUUGUAUAAACAUAAUACCAUCUAUGUGGCAUGCAUGACGUAUAAACAAUUUUGUGGUUUAAAGCAGUAUGUCCGACCUGGUUGAUUGGUACUUUCGUGUUCUGUGUAGCUUAAACCACGCUGUACUAAAAGAAGAAAAAAAUACCUGCAUUUGGGGGAAAAAAGCUAAGUGUUUAAUAUGUGUUCAAUGUUCUGCAUGGUUAAGUAUGGAAUGAGACAUCCCAAACGUUGACUUGCUUUCAAAACAAAACUUGCACGUACAAACUCGUACACAUUUUGACUCCGUUUCUGUCCCCCGUGAAACAUACACUGAGAGGAUGCUGCCUUGAAGACAUGGAAUGGAUGGAUGUGUGCGUGAAUGGGACUUAAAUUCAGUUGCACAAAGAUCUGAUCAAUUAAGGGUUUUAUCUGUAGGUAGCAAGUCCCUGUUGGGUGCGUCAUCACUAGUGUUGAAUGAUUCCUACUUGGUUAUUAGCUAAGGUACUUCUUGACUGUAUCAUUGUUCAUUCCCAAUGUGUCUCACAGCAACCAUGCAGUCUACCAUCCUACUUUACCCCCCAUCUCACCACAGAGGCCUGAUGUGAUAACCAACAAAAACGCCAUGCACACAACACUGCUGUUUAUCAUGCAUAACACAAUAAUAGUUUUGCAGGUAAUAUUAGUUUUAUUUAUCCAUGAGAAAAGUCAUUACUUGGGGUUUUAUUGUUGGCAUUUAGAAAUAACAUUCCUAAAUCACUACCCCCAUGCUGAAUCUAUUUCACCACCAAAUGAGAAGUAAUUAUGAUACCACGCUGUUCACUGUUUAUUCCAUCAUCCAGCCACAGCCACGGAGAAUCACUCUUUACCAAGGUAGGCAUCUGCUCAUCAACUCAUUUCACACCUAUCACAUAAAUCGAUUUCUUCAUUGCCCUCCCUCAACUCUCUCUCCUCUCUCAUUCCAUCUCCGUCCAUCCAAGGACAGCGCUCAUCUGUCAGUGCCAAACAGCAGUCAACCUUUCUUCUAGCUGCAGCAUCGAGAUGUCUGAGAUUCUUCACUGGUUUAUUCAACAGUUCUAUCCAUUAUGGUAGUUUCUUUUUAGUUGACGCUUUGAGGCUCGUACACAAAUCGACCACCACAGUUUGUCUUUCUCCCUUUCGAUAUCUUGCUAGUUGUUUUUUUCCUAGAAAGGCUGUCGCUCUGUCGGUGAGACCUGUGUGUUUGUCUCCGUGUGUCUUGGGGCCCCAGCUUUCCAUGUUGAUAGUCCUGCACAAUCUGCCCAGACUCGCUUAGAUUACCAGGGCUCAGAUCUGUGUGUGUGUGUGCAUGCAGUCACCAAGGGCUAUGGGGCAGAGCAGAGAUGUUUCAGAGGCCAUAUGUCUCUUGUCUAGUUAAAAACACAUGGCUAACUUGCUCUUGUACCAGAGAAUAAUUUGAUCUCAGUAACAAAUGAAUGGUAUUCUGCUAGUGUCAACAGCAGCCUAGCUUGUCUCUUCUCUACUCAGUGGGUUGAGCUACUGGUCCAGAGGAGUAAAGACAUAAGAGAGAAGGAGAGCUUCUCCUCUAUUCUUCCUCUGAGUCAAUGUCGUUUACAUCACCAGUUACUGUGACCAUCACAGCUAUGCCUCGUCUUAAACACUGCUUUCAACUGGUGUCUCUCUUCAUAGCUAUGCUGUUGAAACCAGGCAGUUCCAUAGACCCAGAGAUAUUCCGAAUUUCUGUUCCCAAGGAGACCUGUCCGAGAAGGCGGCUGAUUGGCUGAUCUGAGCAUGUUGGAGUGACUGCAUUCCAUCACUCAUUCUGGUUGGCUUGGUGUGAACAUAAUUGUACAACCAUUCUCGAAGAGCACUGUCUUGUUUUGUUAUCUUGAACUGUGUUAACACUGACAGCUUUUGAAAUGUGUUUUGCUAAUUUCUCUCGCACUUUGGAUGAGCCGUUGUUUCAUCACCCUGGCCUGUGCUGACGUUAAUGCAAUCAUGACUAAUUCUGACAGGCACUCGGCGUGGUUUGGUGUUAAAGUGAAAUGCGUUUUGGCUUCAUGGUCAUGGUCCCACAGCGCUGAGAUACUGAAACAGUCAGGCCUGUUGUUUUUGAUUUGACGCAGGAGAAACAACCGCAACAUCAAAGAUAAGGGAGGAAUUAAAUUGGCUGAAAUUGUUGAUUAAAUACGUUGCUGUGGUUCCUUGAAUUGUGUGUGUGUGCGCAUAAUAAUGAAUGUGUGAAUAUGUGUGUGAGGGUUUGUAUUGAAGCUCGUUUUCUGUGGGCACGGUAACAGUCUGCAACAGUUCUUGGAGGGCCUUUUGAGCAGCACUUUUCCUCAGUGUGUGUCUCACCUGACAAACAUACAGACACAACACAUACACAUUCGCUGUACUCUCCAUAUCCCCCCUUUUGUAAAUAAGAUUCAUUAUCAUUCUAAAAUGUCACCCCUGUUUUCUUCAAACUAUGCAACAGUAUUCUACAAUUAUAAUACUAUUGUUUAGUUAUUUUCACAAUACUUCUCUUAAAGGCCCAGUGCAGUCAAAUGUGAUUUUCUUGUGUUUUAUAUAUAUUCCCACACUAUGAGGUUGGGGAGAGUGGGUUAAGUUGAGCCUAUGGGGUAAGUUGAGCAACCCUUGUGUUAAGGAAAUCAUAAACAAAAUGUAUAAUUUGACUAAAUAUUUAAGAAGGUCAUUUCGUGGAGUCUGUGAAGGAAGAAACCAUAUGGCGAAAGUGGUAAGCAAGUUAGAUCCAAAAAACAGAUUUUAGCAAAUCAAAUGAAUUCAUUGUGUCAGAGCAGCGUUUCCCAAACUAGGAGUCUUUUGAAAAUGGGGUCGCGAGAGAAACUCUGAAAAUAACCAAAACAUUAUGUCCGUAACCUCCGGUAGCCGCUAGAAGUGGUUGUAAAAAAACAGAGCCAUUUCUGUUUUCUUUGUAAUGUGUGUCUCUUUCUAAUGGUUUAAGUAUUUAGUUUCCCUCUACAAUGCCCACAAUGACUCAAUAGAACAGAGUGGACAAGACCUGGCAAUAAGUCAGGCUGUUGGAAAAAGAAAAUCAUCCACAAUACAUUAUUUUCUACACAGUAGAUCAUACAAAAGUAUUGCCUGGUGAUUUUCUGAACUUCUCAAUACCUUUCUGAUUCAUUUUAGGCACUUCAACCCAUACUUCCGUCACAAUUAAAUACUUUCAAAAAUACUUUGACUGAUUUGUAAUGGACUGUCAUAGCCCAAUUAGAAAGUUAACUUUGUCAAUUGAUUACAUUAUUUUCUUUAUAUGGUGGGGUCGCGAUUCAUUUUAAAUAUUUCAAAUGGAGUCGCGGGACAAAACCGUUUGGAAACCCCUGUGUUAGCGGUUUCAUGAUGCUUGCAUCUAAACCAAAGUAGAUCAUUUUAAGUUGUUUUAUACAUCAGUUUGGGUCUCUAAAAGCUUCAAUAUGAGGUCCUAAACCUAGCAUGAAAGUGCAUCCUUGUAGCUAUGUGGGAUAAUAUAGUCAAAAUGUGUUUGCCUUGGGGUAAGUUGAGGCAAUGGUUGAGCAACUGGCAAGUUGAGCAAAUUGAAGUGUUUUCUUCCAAGGCAUAAUGCAAGGCAUUAUCGCUGGGAUAUGAAGUAACAACAGGGUCUGGCCUUUGUUAAACGUUGUACAUUUUGAAACACUUUUCUUAGGUAUUAAGCCUUUGUUAAAAGAUGCUUUAAAAUGAUUCAAAUGCGAUUUGUGAUUGUUGAGUUGUAUUUGGGAAAUAAAGAUAGGCAUGGUUUUAGAAAGGUAGUGAUAAUAUUUAAUUUAGUACAGAAAUUUGUAGGAGGUUUAACUUAUCCCAUACCCGGGAUAAAUUGUGCCAAGAGUCCACUUUUUUGGGACAAACUACGUUUUCAAAACUGUAAUGUUUACAUUACAUUAAUUCUGACUAUUUCCAGGGAUGCACAACAUCCUGAAAUACAUGUAGAUAUCUUUGUUAGAAAGAAUACUAUUUCCUUGACAGAGUGAUGCUGAAUGUAAACAAUGGCUCAAUUUACCCGUCUCCCCUACUGUGAAAUUGUGAAAAUUAUGAUAAUGACUGUUUAGUGUAAGAGCUGUUGAAAAGACCACCUGAAAUCUUAGGAUGUUUUGGUGGGAUGGAGUUUCGGCCUGCCUGGUGAUAUCUCCAGUAAAUUAGUUAAUAGACAAAUGACAGCUAGUUUUCAGUUUUCCCCUCCUCACUCAAACCACUCCCAGACAUUCCUAGCAAAAUUGCUCUUUGCUACGAAGCUAUUUGUACUUAUUUUUGACCAUUUCAAUUGAAAACAAUCACUGUAAGGUACCUAACUGUUACCCUGAAAUGAUUUGCUAUUGAGAUAUAAAAAAAAUAAAAAAAAUAAAAAAAAACAGCUGCAUUGGACCUUUUAACGCUCUCCUCCUCUCUCCCUCUCGCUCCUCUUUCUUUUUGUCUGUGUGCUUGUUUAUGUCUCAAUGGAUGCAGUUUCCCAUAUUUCAAUUCUUUAUACUAAAAGAAAAGCCGGUGUAUUAAGUAUGUGUGUGCACGAUGUGCACGCGUCCUGAAUUUGUCUUUACUCUUUUGUAAUAUAUGAUCAUGUGGAAUGCCUUGGUCUUUAUGUCCUGUUGUUUUGAAUUUAACAGAACAAAAAAAAAUGAUAAUCAAGCAAUUGAGGUGAAAGUUAUUAUAAAUAUAUAUAUAUAAACAAAUCUAUAUACAUAAAAUAAAGCCAUUGGAAUUUGAAAUA